GAGGGGCCCAGAACUGCCCCCGGGAUUCCAGGAUUUCUCCGGUCGAUCAGGGUUUAAACGCUGGGAUUUUCCCGCAGGCUCUCGCUCCCCCUCGUGCCUGCGCGGGGCUCCUGCAGCCUCUCAGCUCGAAUUCAUCCCAUUUCCCUGUUCCGCCAACAUUCCAGCUUUGAGGGCUGGCUCGUUCCCGUCCUUCUGUCAGGGAAUCGUGCCCAACUUUUCAGCAGGAAGGGCAAAAUCCGUGGUUUUUUGAGUAUUCCAACAGCAAUUGCUAAUUCUUGCUCUCCAGUCAGGACUUCAGUCCUGCUCAGCCUUUGGUUACCGAAAAUUUUAUAUUUACUGAGGUUCGAACUGUUCUUUGCUCUGAAACACAUUUAUUUUUUAAUAAUAAACAUUAUUUGAGUCAAGGAUGUCAAAACCCACCAUCCACAGGGGACUGAAUAUUGGGGAGCACCAGGAAGGUUUUGUUCCCCUGUGUUUUCACUGUGUCUUCACCUCUGACAUGAAGGGAUCACGUUAAGGAAGGAGAAAACAAGUCCUUGUUUCCUCAUUCUUUCCUUAUUUCCUCAUUCUGAGCUAAAACUUCCUGAAGGACUGACCCCGUGGAAGGGACCCAGGCUGGAGCAAAUCUGUUCCUGAAGAACUGACCCCUUGGAAAACAGGGACCCACGCUGGACCAGGCAAUUCCUGAAGAGUUACCCUAUGGAAUAAAGGGACCCUCACUGGAGCAGGCAAUUCCUGAAGGUGUGACCCCAUGGAAAAAAGGGACCCUCGCUGGACCAGGCAAUUCCUCAAGGAGUGACCCCAUGGAAUAAAGGGACCCUCGCUGGACCAGGCAAUUCCUGAAGAGUUACCCCAUGGAAAAAAGGGACCCUCACUGGACCAGGCAAUUCCUGAAGGAGUGACCCCAUGGAAUAAAGGGACCCUUGCUGGACCAGGCAAUUCCUGAAGAAGUUACCCCAUGGAAUAAAGGAACCCUCACUGGAGCAGUUCCUGAAGAACUGCAGCCCCUGGGAAGGACUCACGUCAGGGAUUUUCCAGCCAUAAUGAUUCCAUGAUCCCACAUUCUGUGCCGGGACAGGGAUGUGAGCGCUCUGGAAAACCCUUUGCUGGCUCCAUGGGAAUAUGUGUGCUGUGCAAAACCCGUACAGCUCUUUUUCCCUGGCACAGAUUAAGCUCAGGAUUGCUUGGAGCCGGGAAUGGGGUGGUCUGGAGCUGGGAAUGGGAUGGUCUGGAGCUGGGAAUGGGAUGGUCUGAAGGCAGCACUGACCAGAAGCUCCUUUCAGUCUGGAAGGGUGAACUUCCCAACAGCAGGAAAAUAUCCCCCCAAAACAUAACCAGGUGCCAGCCUUUUCCAUGGAAAUCCCAGGGAACAUCAGGGAAUGCUGCCAGCCCCCACCUGGGCUUCACCCCGGUCGCUCCGUGGCCGGGAAUGCUCAUGGAAUUCCAGAGUGGGCUCAGAAAGCUGCUCGUUAAUUCCUGGGGGCGGAAUUUUGAGAGUUUCCGUGGAAUUGAAGCCUCAGCUCGAGUGUCCAGCGCUGCAAAGAGCAGGAUUUGGUUCGUGUCCCGGUCCGGGAUGUUGUGGAGCUGCCGGGUGUGGAAUGCUGCCCUUGCAGGAGCAGGAGAUCCCUUGGCGAUCGCUCCGUCCCCAAAAUCUUCCCUUCUGUGCUCUUCGCCUCCCGAGUGCGCUCAGCAGAGGGAGCUGCAGCCCCGCCAGCCGCUCCAUCCCGGUUUUUCCCUGGGAUCGGGCUGGAUGCCGGGCGUUCUUACACAUCCAGCUCGUUCCGCGCUCGGCCGCGGGAUUGGGAAGUUCAGGAUCCACCUGGAGCUGAGCGUCCUUCGGCUCUCGGGGUGUCCAUGUGCGGUUCGGAUUGAGGCAGCAGGACCUUGGGAUGGUGUCAGAUACAACACUCGUUGCAGGAGACCUCCGGGUCUAAAUCCAGGGAUAUCUCUGGGAUCCAUCGGGAUAUCAGCGGUGCAUCAGCAGGCGAUGGGUGGACAUCUCCUCCACACCACGGGGAGCCUGCUCGUGGCUCAGGUGUGGAGCAGAGCUGAGCUCGGUGGGAAAUCCCAGCCGUGAAAAUGGGCUGGAUCUGAGCACUUCCCCGGAGCGGGAUUUUGAUGGGAAUGAGGGACCGAGGCUUGGCACACGAGGCUGGAUCGUCACGGAGACCUCAGCUGGGAGAAGAUCUGCCCCUGAAGCCCCACUGAGCAGCUCGGGGAGGGGGGGCUUGGCUGGUGCAUCCCUCUGCAUCCCGCUGCAUCCCUCAAUGGGAGCCUGAGGGAUUC